CUCGACGACGGACAUAGAGCUUUUCGGGUUGUUUUUAGUAAAUAUAUUUUGCUGGAAAGUACAUAAAACAUCUAAAUGGGAAACACAUGCAAGUAUAAAAUCAGUUUGCCCUUGUCGGAAAUCUCAGUACGGUUUUUCACGUAGAAAGUUGAAUAUACGAGUACAAUAUACGACUGAACGUAAAAAUUAAGUAAUAUGGUCGGUGUAGAACGCUUAUGUGGGUGCACUAGUGAGGAACUUGUCAAAAGGACGAAGAUCAGGAUGGUUGCCAGAAUAUAUCAGACGUCCACAAAAACCACCACAACCACAAUGACAACCCCUGCAAAAUUGUAUGGGAAAGAUUUGAGUGUCUACGAUGAUGUAGAUGUAGAUGAAUUACUGGAUAAAUUGACUGCUGAAGAAAUUAGUGUUUUAGCUAAAGAAGUAGAUCCAGAUGAUAGUUUUUUACCUCCCUCCCAAAGGAAUAGUUAUGAAUGUGAAAAAGACCCAACAGGUCCUUUAAAUAGAAAAAAAUUAAUAGAGCACAUCAAUAAGGAAGCCAUAGAGACACCCGAUAUUCCGGAAAUAAAACCCUAUGUUGCUGGUACGGUCAGGGGGAAAAAGUGGAUACCUCCACCUCAGCCAAUCAAAGAACAGGAGGCAGAUGAACAAAUUGCAAUAGAUUUAGGGGAUGAAUACGAACAUGCAUUAUCAGCAGCAUCACAGGAUGAAAUUAUAGAUUUAGCUGCCAUUCUUGGUUUCCAUUCGAUGAUGAACCAAGAUCAGUACCACGCCUCCCUCCUAAACAAAGGCCAACCGGUCGGUUUAGGCUGGGACGGCAUCACGAAGGCCUCCAAACAGAAAAUAUUCCCCGUUGACCCACCCAAUAUGACGGAUACUGCCGAGACCAUCAAGAAAGUCGAAGACGACGAAAGCAAAUUCAUCGAUUUGAAUUGGAACAACAUCAAAAAUAUUUCGGAUGAAAAAAUGUUCCACCUGUUCGAGGCGUUGAACGGCAACACGCACCUCGAGACGUUGUCGCUGGUCAAUUGCAACCUGGCCGACAGACACGUCGAAAAGUUGGCGAGAGCGAUAGAAGAGAACGGCACCCUGAGGGUGGUCAACGUCGAAACGAAUUUCAUCUCGCCGCAGGGCGUCGUACGGUUGAUCAAAGCCCUGCUCAAGAAGAAGACUGUCGAGGAGUUUAGAGCCGCCAAUCAGAGGUCGCAAGUGUUGGGUAACAAAAUAGAAAUGGAAAUCACACAAUUGAUCGAGAAGAACCCGACGAUAUUAAGGCUGGGUUUGCAUUUAGAAUACAAUGAUGCCCGGCAUCGUAUCGCGACCCAUUUACAGAGAAACAUUGACACAACUCGCAAACGACGUGCGGGACAACUGCCCAAAAACUAUUUGGUAGGUUACAUCAGAAGUUCUAUUGCUUGAGACAUGCUGCGCUGUUGCCACAUCGAUGGACAAGCUUCUUCAUGCCCGACACACUUUGAAACAAACAAAAAAAUAAUAUAAAUCAAGGAAAACACACGUAUUGCCUUUUAACUUUAAUUUGUAAGUUAUUCUCUGUAAUUUUUAGUUUAAAUAAGAAUUAUUUUCGUUAGUUUACCUCCGCAAAUAUAAUAUAUAGCUUUGUACUGGAUAUUUCGUAAAUCGAAAAAUUUUAAAAUCGUUCUAUAAACCAUUACAAAUGGUAAAUGUCGUAAAUCCUAAUAUGUUUGACAGUUGAUGUAUGAUAAUCUUCACGAUCGUCGUAUUUACAGUUGACGUAUGACGAUUUUGACAGUUGACAUUUAAAAAUCGUUUGAUUUACCAAACAUUCUUAAGCGCACGUACCAUGUGGUUCUAUUUUAAAUAUGUUUCGUUGGGAAAUGGAAUUUCUAAAAAGUUUUGUGACGAUUGUGAUAAACGAUAAAAAGAUUUUGUUGGGAGGUGAACUUGUACGCGAACGUAUAGCUUUUAUAUUUGACAGAUCCGGCUGUCAAAUACAAAAAAUUGAUUCUGUGAAUCAUAGCAGAUGAAUAAUUGGCGUAUAGAUGGCAGAUCUGUCAUUUAUAAAAACAUAGUUAUUAUACAUAUAUAUUUUUAUGACAAUCGUAUUUGACGAUUUAAAAAUCGUUAGGUACGAUUUUUGUUUUAAAAAAAGAUUUUAAUAUAUUAUGAUUUAAAUUUUAGUAGGUACAUCAUUAAUUUGUAAAUAUUCUUUGCACACACUGUAUGUAUUGACGUCAUCUGCUUGUAGCACUGUAUUAGGAUUUAGAGAUUUUUUAAAUGUGCGUGGUGUUUCAGAAAUAAGUAAUAUUAACUUUGAACUGCUUUUGUUACCUAUCAUGUCAUCUGUCAACAUUAGUUAACGUGACCUUUUCAUACUUCUAGUCGCUAGAUAGCACUGUCAAUACUUAAUCCAACGCUAGAUGGUGUCGACACAAAAUGGGUAGAAGUUUUACGUUGACAAGUGACAUGCCAGAU